AUGACAACCAAUACUGAAACUGUGGUGAAUCCAGCAGACACUCCGAUUGAUUCAACAACAAGAGAGACAAUCACUGUUGAAGAAAAUCGGACGCUGAGAAAUAUUAUGGCACAAUUGUGGCAAGCCUGGGCCAAUGGACAAGAACCACCAGCGUCUAUUCCUGGUUUUCCUGAGAUCACUAGUAUUCGAUCUUCAUCUUCUCAAGUGCCAAUACCAGAACCGUUCUUCCCUCUAGGGUAUGGUCCAUUUGAUAAUUGUGGGGCCGGGCUAUCAACAACACGUCCUGAAGGCAUGCCAUUUAGGAAUACUCCCACUGUCACAACAGCUGCACCAGUCUAUACACUCCCACAACCGACUGUGACGCAAAGAGCAGCUCAAGACGGACAAUUCACCACUCAUCCAGAGCAGUACUAUACUCCUGGGAUAGCAUUUGGGGGCCCUAACUCUGUUCAAUUCAGUUCCCCUAUUGAUAAUGAGAGGCCCACUCCAGGCUCAGAGCAAGAAGAAAUGUUGAAAAAAAUGAAAAGCAUCGAGCAACACAUGAAGAGCAUGCAAGGGUUAGGAGGGCACAAAAGUGUCGCAUUCAAAGACUUGUGUAUGUUCCCAAAUGUCCACCUGCCACCUUGUUUCAAAACCCCUAAGUUUGAUAAGUAUGACGGACACGGUGAUCCCCUAGCCCACCUUAAGAGAUACUGUAAUCAACUUCGGGGUGCAGGGGGUAAAGAAGAAUUGCUCAUGGCUUAUUUUUGUGAAAGCCUGACUGGUGUUACCUCAGAAUGGUUGAUAGAUAAGGAGAUUUCCCACUGGCACAUAUGGGAUGAUAUGGCUCAAGAUUUUGUUAGACAAUUUCAGUACAAUGUCGACAUUAUGCCAGAUCAUAAUACACUCUCCAAUACAAGAAAAAAACCAAGUAAAAGCUUCAGAGAAUAUGCUAUCAAAUGGAGGGAACAAGCAGCCCGAGUUAAGCCCCCAUUAAAUGAGCAAGAAUUGGUUGAUAUCUUCAUAGAGGCUCAAGAUCCUGACUACUUCCACCACCUCACAGCCGCAAUGGGAAGACCGUUUCACACAGCAAUCAAAAUUGGGGAAAUGGUCGAAAGUGGUCUCAAAACAGGAAGGAUCGUGAGCCAAGCAGCAAUCAAAGCUACCACACAGGCCAUUCAAGGUGGUUCAACAAGUUUUGGAAAUCUUCAGGGACAACUUAGCUAUCCUCAGCAUUACUACCCUUAUGCUCCUCAAUAUCCAGUAUCUCCGUCUCCGUACCCUGUCUUAAAUGCUCAGUCAUAUGUGCAUCCUCCCAAUCGCCCACAUUUUAGGGCCCCAUCUCAAGGAAACUUUCGCCCACAACAGCCACCCUAUCAAGUCCCUUACAACUCUCCUCUUAUGCGAAAUUAUGCUCAAGAUCAAGAACAGAAAAAGAAAUUCACUCAAUUGGGGGAGUCGUACUCCAGCUUGUUUCAGAAGUUAAGAAAGAUAGGAGCGAUUGAGUGCAUCCCACGACAUCGUCUGAAUCCAAAUGCUCCAGGUUUCCAAGCAAAUGAAAGAUGUGAAUACCAUUCAGAAACCCCAGGACACAGCACUGAUAAUUAUGAUCAGAACACUCCCAAUGUGACCAAUAAUCCACUUCCAGCUGAAAACAACUUAGUGGGUAUGGUUUGUGAUGAUCAAGCGUACAGACUCCUCAGCAAAAUGGGAAAGUUGUUUAAGAAGAUUGGAGAAGAAGACAAGUCAAUGAAGAGUUUAACACCAGUUGCCUCUCUGAGUGCGGAAGGUGUCAAUCAUGACACCAAUGUCUUGUGCGUCCCAGGGGUUUCAAAGGGGAUUGAAGUUCGAGCUGCUAUGCCAAAGUUGUAUGUAUCAAAAGGCUUUUCAUCAACACAACAUGACCAAAGUGGCUUGACCAAGAUGAAAGAGCCUAUUUUUGUUAAGCCUGUUCAACAGCUUCCAGUAAUUGAUUCAAAUCCUGUCCCUUGGAACUAUAACAAAACUGCAGUGGUUUAUCAAGGAAAGGAGAUUGUCGAAGAAGUUGAUGAAGCGGGAGGUUUGACACACUCUGGAAGAUGUUAUUCUCUAGAAGAAUUAAGAAAAGGCAAGAUGGCUGAAAAUACCCAAGUACCACUAAAGAAAGCCGUUACUGGAGAAGAAAAUGUAGAAUUUCUAAAAAAGCUUAAAGUUCCAGAUUACUCUAUCGUGCAACAAUUGAUGAAGACGCCUGCACAGAUUUCACUGUGGUCUCUACUUUUGCACGCAGAAGAACAUCGUCUUGUGUUGAAUAAGGUUUUGAAUGAAGCACAUGUGCCAAAAGAGACCACAGUAAAUCAGUUGGAGAAUAUGACCAGCCGCGUCUUCGAGUCAAACGCCAUCACUUUCACUAAUGAUGAGUUGCCGAAGGAGGGAGCUGGAAACAACAAAGCUUUGCAUCUUACAGUGACAUGUGAAGGUUACUAUGUAAAGAGGGUCAUGAUAGAUGGAGGUUCAGUGGUAGACAUAUGUCCUCUUUCUACGCUCCAAAGCUUGAAAGUUAACACUGACAGAAUUCGUCCCAGCAAUGUAUUUGUGCGAGCUUAUGACGGCUCAAGGAGGGAUACCAUUGGUGAAAUCAAGUUAAACAUGACAAUUGGGCUAGUAGUCUUUACGAUUGUGUUCCAAGUAAUGGAUAUGGAAACAUCUUAUAAUUUUCUACUAGGAAGGCCAUGGAUCCACAUGGCUCGAGCUGUCCCAUCAACUCUACAUCAAGUUGUCAAGUUUGAAUACAACAAUCAGGAAAUCACUGUUCAUGGAGAAGACAAUUCACCUAUUUACAGAGAUCCAUCCGUCCCAUACAUUGAGGCAAAGGAAGGAUGUGAUUCUGUUGUUUACCAGUCUUUUGAGGUUGUAUCGGUCGAUCGCUGUAAAGAAGGAGAAUCUAUCAUCCAAUCAUGUAUAUCUUCUUCCGCUUCAAUGGGUUCAGAAUUGAAAGAUUCAUUCACUCCUGAAGAUAUUGAAGAAAUCAUUGAGGAUCUCAGUCAGUUGUUUUGUGAAAUAAAUAUGGUCCAAGUUGGUGAAGGCACAAGUCAUGCUAAUAUGCAGCUCGUGGGCUCAGGUGUUGAGUUAAACAAUUGGAAAGCCACUCCUUUCCCCAUAAGGAAGGAGUCGUGUUCUGUAAAUGACGGCUUUGAUAACAUGUCAUGCAUGCGGAAUGCACUCCCUGAUUUCAAAGAGAUGUUCAUUCUUGAAUCACCAAGUCAAGAGGUGGAAUAUGAUGAAGAAGAGGCUUUUAGGGAAAUUAAUAGGGAACUGGAACAGUUUGAGCACAAACCGAAGCCUAAUCUUAGUGAAACUGAGACAAUCAAUUUGGGAAGUUCCGAGGAUGUUAAGGAAAUAAAAAUAAGUUUACAUAUCAAUCAGGAAAUUAGAGAGGCAAUAACACCACUUUUUUUUGAGUACAAAGAUGUAUUUGCUUGGUCUUAUGAUGACAUGCCAGGUUUGAGUGUUGAUUUAGUGGUUCAUAAGUUGCCCGUUUAUCCUGAUUGUCUACCCGUCCAACAGAAAAGAAGGAAAUUCAAAUCGGACUUGAGUAAAAAAAUUAAGGAAGAAAUAAUGAAACAAUUGAAUGCAAAGGUGAUCCAAGUUAUUCGUUACACUACUUGGUUGGCAAAUGUUGUUCCUAUGCCGAAAAAGGAUGGAAAGACAAGAGUUUGUGUUGACUAUCGGGAUUUGAACAAGGCUAGUCCAAAAGACAACUUUCCAUUGCCAAAUAUCCACAUCUUAGUUGAUAAUUGUGCAAAACACAAAAUGCAAUCUUUUGUGGACUGUUAUGCGAGGAAUCAUCAAAUCUUGAUGGAUGAAGAGGAUGCUGAGAAAACUGCUUUCACCACUCCAUGGGGAACUUAUUGCUACAGGGUCAUGCCAUUUGGUCUUAAAAAUGCUGGGGCGACUUACAUGAGGGCUAUGAACACCAUGUUCCAUGAUAUGAUGCAUAAAGAAAUUAAAGUAUAUGUCGACGACGUAAUCAUCAAGUCUAAAACACGUUGA